AUGGCCAAAUUCCCAGCAGUGAAAAUGAUGGUUAGCAGAAAACUGGAGAUUGCACCGGUUGCUGAGCAAAAUGGAAGCCCGAAAAUCGCACUAAUCAACGGAAGAAACGCCAAUGAAAGUAGAGGAAGCUGUUGUACAUACUGCUCAAUUCCACUUCCACCUCCAGAAUAUCUCGAAGACAUGUCUUCAGAAGACGUGAAGUCUUCUCGGUGA